AUGGAGGAAGUUCCUGUACGCGUAGCGGUGAGGGUAUGUUGAAAAUCAGUGCUUUUUGGAGCUUUUGACAUUUUAUAUAUAUGUUUAUGACAUAUUGACAUUUUAUAUUUACUAUCAGUUAGUCUUUGUAUUAUGUUGUUUGUUAAUUUUUUAUUGAAUCGACAUUGGAUGAAAUUAAUGUAAUAGGGGAAUUUGGAUGCUAUAAACUGAAAGGGAAAGCCAGCUCACUUAUAGAAAAACCCGGGAAGAACCAUAGAAGAAGAACCAUAGAACCAUAGAACCCCAUAGAAGGUCAAUCUUUUACAGAGUCUGUAGUUAUACAGACUGGCUUUUGCUUUGCACAGGGUCUCAAAAUUGUAGCAGCAGAAUUGUAACUUGAGUCGGUGUUUACGUCUACAAAAAUUUUAACUCGCUCACGCCAUCCUGGGUAGUACGUACAGCCGGAAGUUUUUAUAAGGUUUUGGCAGGUACAAAGCGGUUGUACUAGCCAGGAUGGCGUGAUUGAUGACGAAUCGCUUGUAAAAUUGGGGACAAAUACUAGCUUGAGUGAGACCUCUGGUGUACCUUCCUAUUCUACAGGGUCACAGAGUGUUUUUAAAUGUCAGAUAUUUUCAUAGAAGUAUUUAUGACUGAAAGUGUUUUUGUCAAAUAGAAGGAUCAGAAAUCUGCUUGGUUCUUGGUUCACAAAGGCAUAUUUUGAGCAGAUUUUUCUGAAAUUAUUUGCAAUAUAUUUUACAAAUACACGCUUCCAGUAAGUACUGCAUAUUUUUGGCUAUAGAGGCUUGUUUUUGCGAUUGAGACGUUAGGCUUAACUAACAUCUCAUACACAAAACUGAGGCUCUAUGGCCAAGGUGACAUAUUUUACGGAAGGGUGUAUUUGAAAAAAUUUGAGCCAAUUUCUCAGUUUAUUAUUUUACUCUGCCUAAUGCCUGCAUACUAAUGUUUAAAGUAAAUUAAUGUAGUCCCUGAACAAAUUACAAUUUCCUGAUAUAAGGUUUAGGCAUUCCAGAUAUAUAAUGUAAGUCCAAGUUAUUCCUAUUUUAUCCAGGUGAGGCCACUUGUAGGCCAAGAGAAGACCCACAAUGUCCCCAAGUGUAUCACAUUUGUACCUGAUAAACCCCAGUUGAUCCUCGGGAAAGACAAAGCGUUCACAUUUGACUAUGUAUUUCAACCUUCGGUCACUCAGGUGGGUUGAGGUCUAAAUUUCAUGUAACUAACUUUAUUUAUACUGGAUAACUCUAUCAGUUCUAAACUGUUUUCCCUAGAGGUCCAGUAAGGAUAAUUUCUUAUUGAUCCAGUGUUAUUAUAGGAGGAAACCUAAACUACACUAGUCUAACUUAUUUGCAGGUUAAUAAGUUGCUUAUCUAUUAAGUAAUUGUUACAUUUUUCUAGUCUGAAGUUUAUAAAACUUGUGUUGAACCAUUGGUUGAAGGAUGUUUUGAAGGCUACAAUGCCACUGUUUUUGCAUAUGGACAAACA